CAUACCCAUUUAUCGGCAGGGUCCACGACCUUCCUGUCCAGCACAUGUGGUUGCAAUUCGACAAAUGGGCCAAAGAAUACGGUCCGAUCUACGAGACAAAGAUGUUCGACCAGCAUUUUGUAGUCAUCUCCUCCGAGAAGAUCGCGGGAGAGCUUCUGAACGAAAGGAGUGCAAUUUACUCGGAUCGUCCUAGUGUGCCCGCUUUGUCGGAUUCUAAAAGUACUUUUGGAAGCGGAGAGUAUCUUCCUCUCAUGGGCCGUAAUGGUGAAUACAAGNAAUACUGGGUUCGCCAGCGCAGGUUUGCGCACCGGGUGAUGCAUGAAGCCCAAGGCACUCGAUUCUAUAACUAUCCUGAGCUCGAGGGCAAGCGUCUCUUGGUCAACCUACUGGAAACCCCAGACUUGUAUUCAUCGUAUCUGGAAGACUUCACAGCAAAAGUCAUUGCGCGCUUGGCUUGGGGUCUCCAUGAUGAGAGCGAUGUGCUCAAGGCGGAUGCUUGGGCUUUGCUCACACAAAUGUCGCCAGCGGGACCCAAGAACAACUUGUUGACUCUGCUCAACCACAUACCGGCAUUUGUCAAUCCAUGGAUCCAGAACGAGAAGAAACGCCAUGAGCGACAGAGGCAAUGGUUCCUGAGACUAGAAGCGCAAGUGGCAGAGCAGGUGGCCCAGAAAGAAGCCAAGCCUUCGUGGAUGCGCACUUACCUCCAAACAAAGCAUCUUCACGAUUGGUCAAGCGACACCGAGGGCGCAUAUGCUGUUGGUAUGAUGGCAGUUGCAGGAGUCUUUACCGUCGGUGGCCCACUCCACUUCUACUUGCUCGCCAUGAUUGAACAUCCCAAAUGGUUCAAGCUGCUACAAGAGGAGCUCGACCGUGUUUGUCCGGACUCGAUGCCUACUACCGCAGAUAGCCCUCGUCUACCCACCCUUCGCGCAAUCAUCAAAGAAUGUCUGCGCUGGAAACCAGUAGUUCCAACAGCCGAAGAAGAUGACUACUACAGAGGUUUCUUUAUUCCCAAAGGCGCAAGGAUCUUGCCUCUAGAAACCUUCCGACCAGAACGAUGGCUGGAGCCAGGCUGGCCUACCUAUAAAGAGCCACUGACGCAGCAUCCUUCGAUACGCGGCCACACUUUGUUUGGAUGGGGACAACGAACAUGUCAGGGUCAGGGACUUGCCGAAGCAGAACUGAUUGUUGCAUGCGCAGGCAUUGCUUGGGGAUUCGACCUGACCAAGAAGAUCGAUGCUCAGGGACACCCGAUCUCGCCUGACUUGAACAAGUCAAACAGUCUUCUGAUCAUCAAGCCCGACCCCUUUGAGCUUACCAUCACACCAAGAUCAGAACGGAGAAGAACUCUCAUCAUAAACCAAUGGCGGGAUGCGCAAGAAUGCGACGUG